AGUAGCAACGUCUCGUUUAUAUUGUUAUAAUACUUUGCCUCUGUUCAAAGCUUUAAAUUUUAUACAUAAAGGAAAAUCUACCUAUUUUAAUGGAUUGGCAACAACAUUCGUUUUUUUAACGAUGGACUUGAAUAGUUUGGAAUACUUGAUAGACGAUCUCGUUUUGGGCAAACGCAUCCAGGUUAUCGAAUCAUUGACUAAAUCCUUAGACGCUAGUGAACAUUCCUUUGUAUUGAAAGUUCUCGAAAAAUAUCAGCAACAACGAAAUAUUGAAUACAAGUAUUCAUGGAUACUAGAAGAGCUGAGAAAGGACAAUGUAACGUCUUACGAAACAUGUUUGCUAUUUAUCAAUAAGCUGCUUUUAUCGCAAUCAUCUCUUCAUGAUCGAGUGGCUUUGAGGAAUGAGUUGAUAGGUCUUGGUAUUUUAAAGAGGUUCGCUGAAAUUAGAAAUUCAUCGUCAUACCGGGAGAAUGUCAUUCAACUUAUAGACGAAUUUGAUUCUUUAUAUGAAUCUGAUAGAAAUGCUGUUGAAGCUAACCACACGGAUUUGGGAACUCCCAUCGAGAUACUCAGUGCUAUUCUAGAAAAGUUAAGAGAUUCUCCGGCUGAGACUCAUUUUGUUGCUGCCUUAAAUUAUUUCCUUCUCAUCGCUAACGUUUCAUCACCAACUCGAAUUACUUGGCCUCUGCUCGAAAGAAUUAUCGGUGAAGCCUACAGCGUUCGAGGAAUAGAAGAAGCCGAAAGACAUAGACAAAAAUCAAAAUUUGAUCUUGAAAAAGCUGUAAAGAGUGAAACAGCUCAAGUCUGUUCGUCUUGCGGGAAAAACUUGGAGGGAAACUGGGAUAAGAUGACUCCCACUUCUGGCGUUCCAUCUCCUUCACUCCCUCCACAAUUUGAAAGUGCACCUGCGCCUGCGCCUCCACCUCCCGCCCCAGCUCCACCUGCACCUCCCCCUCAACCUCCUCAGUCAUGUCCAAAUAGUCUCAUUAUUCCACCUCCACCUCCACCUCCCCCUCCAGCUCUCAAUUUUAAUUCAUCUUUAUCUCUACCCAAGCAACCGACGAAAAAGCUUAAAUCGCUUUUAUGGAAUAAAUUACCCCCCGCAAAAAUAUCGACAACUGUUAAUGUCUUUAAUAGACUGACUGACUUUCAAAUUGAUGUUGAUUUUAAUAAAAUGGAAGAAAUUUUUGCACUUGACAACAAAUCUCUGAUUAAAACCGAUCCCUCUUCCGAAAAAAAGAAAUCAGAUGAGGUGUCAUUAUUAGAUGGCAAAAGAAGUUUAAACAUCAGCAUUUUUUUGAGGCAAUUCAAAAGGGACAAUGCUGAAAUAGUACGCUUAAUAGCUAAGAAUGAUAAAUGUUUGGGAGCUGAGAAGUUAAAGGGUUUACUGAAAUUGCUACCCGAUUCAACAGAGAUAGAAAUCCUUUCAUCUUUUAACGGAGAUAUGUCAAAAUUAGGAAAUGCAGAAAAAUUUCUUCUUGAACUGAUGCAAUUACCAAACUAUAAAUGCCGAUUAGAAUCAAUGGCAAUGCUUGAAGACUUCAAACAGCAAUUCAACUAUUUAUCGCACGUUCUUGAAGUAACAAUUACAACAGCUGCUGAAAUAAGAAGUAGCUCCUUGUUUCCUGAGUUUAUACGCAUAGUUACCGUUAUAGGUAACCGAUUAAAUGCCGGAAGUUAUCAAGGAAAUGCUAGUGGUUUCAAGAUAUCCUCACUUUUAAAGUUAACGGAAGUUAAGGCGACCGGUAGCAAGAUAAACCUUUUGCAUUUUGUUAUUGAAGAAAUCGAAAAGAAAUACAGUCACUUGCUAUCUUUACCUAAUGACUUUAACAAUCUACACUACGCUUGUCAAAUGGAUGAAGAGGCUUGUUUAAAGGAUGUAACCAAUUUUAAAAGAAAAAUACAACAGAUGAAUAAUUACUUGCAAACCACAGAUCAGCAAGUGCAUAAAAUAUUUGAUCAAGAUUUUCAAGUAGCCCUUGAGAGAUUAAAAUAUUUACAAAAUCAGAUUGAGAAAUUAGAAGAUGUUAAACUAGAUUUGUGCACAUAUCUUUGCGAAGAUGCAUCCACUUUCAAAUUUCAAGAGUGCUUUUCAGCACUAAAUAAUUUCGUUGAAAAAUUUCGUAAGUCUAAUGAAGAGAAUAUAAAAAGAAGAGAAUGGGAUAAGAAAUCUGAAGAAAGAAAGAGUCGAAAACUUUCAAUUCCCAAUAUUUCCACUGCUCCUAUUGAGCUUGGAGGAAAGAGUGAGCUAGAGCAUGUACUUGAAUCUUCCAACUUCUCCAGGACAUCUAGCAUGAGGGGUUCUCUCAAUAGAAGGAAAAAAUUAAGUGAUCGCGAGAGGAGCUGCUCCCCAGGAGCUUCCCCUUCACCCUUACCUGUAAUCACACAGCCCUCAGUUGCUGCUUUGAUAGCAGGAAGCAGAAGUUCUGUUGCUUCCACUACUUCACACGAUUCUGGUAUAGAUUGUGAAAACACAGCAUUCAGUCGAAUGUCUAUUGCUUCGAACAGCAGCUCAGGUAGUGAUGAUUCUUCAAUUCCUGUUUUUUUGCGAAAUCACAAUCUCAGAAAUAAACAAACAGGUUGCAUUGAACAGUCACUAGAUAGACAGAGGAAAAUAUCACCUCUUUCUGAUGAUGCUUUUUUGAGAAAUGCCUCCGAAAGAAGAUCUCAGAGAGGAAUCCGAAAUCAUGUCAAUGUCGAAGAUGUAAAAUCUGCCAUUCAAGCUACAACAACAAAAAAAGAAACUAGUCAGAAGCCAUUAAAAGACGAUGACAUUGAAACAUCGAUAUCGGAAAAAGCCUUACUGAAUCAUUUAAGUCAGCCGAAAAAGAAAUAUCUGGACAAAACACCAGCUAGUCAUAAGCAAUCGUCAAUACCUGAUGAAAUAUCUAAAACAAAUUCAGAUUCUCUAAUUAGUGGAAUUCCCCGACAUAAUUCUAUUAAGGAUAGAAGAGAACGAGAUAGUCGGUGCUUUGGUCAAAUCUUACACGAAGAAUCCAAUUCGGAACCUGGUCCUGUAGCGGGUGUGACCAAAGAGAGGCUUCAGCGAAGACUUAGUGGUUUGUCAAUGCUCUACUCAGACAUAGAUCACGCUCAGCUAAUGGGUAGAGGUACAUCUGUUGAGAGUAUUCGAUGUAAGAAUGAUCUUGAAGUCGUCUGCAAUAUUGAUUUGGAACAGCAGUCGUCAGGUUCUAGUACACCAACUUUGGUUAGAUCAGGCCCAUUGAGAUCAUCUGCGGAGCCAACUAAAAAGCCUACUGUCUUUGAGAGAGGAGGAGCAGGGCGGAAAACUAUAGGGGCAAGUGCGUUCAGAGAAAAUAAAAAAGUGGCGAAUGAGCGAUCAACGAAUACUUCCAAAUUAGCAAGUAGACGAAAUGCUAUAUCUCCGAAAGAAUCAAAACAACCAACUACUAAAUCUUUUACACCGACGAAGAGUCCAAAAUCAGUUGGAAACGAAGUUAAGAGAUCUUUUUCAGUUCAAAGAUCCGUAUCCGAUUCGGCUCCAAAAACGGACGUCUUUUCAAGAUUAACUGCAUCAACUUCUUCAUCUAGAUCCAGAUCGAAGCCCACCUCAAUAGAGAGUUCAAGAGCAUCUAAAGUUAAUAGAACGAAUGCUUUAAACAAACAAGUAAAAAAGUCGAAACAAUAA